GGUGGGACAGUACUGGGAUGCUGCAGUAUUGGGACGCUCAGUUGCGAGUCGUUGUGGUACUGGGCUGCUGCUCACCUGGAUACCGGGGUGCUGGGGUGCUCAGAUCCUGGAGUGCCAUAAUCCUGGCUGUGGGGAUGUUGGAUUCUGCCGGGCUUUGGGGAUGUUGUGGUGCUGGGAUGCUGGGGGCCGGGCUGCUGGCCCUGCUGCAUGGUGCCCGCCGUGCCACGGGUGCGUGCUGCAGGACGCCCGUCUGUACGAGGACUGGAAGUGGUUCCGCUGCCCCACCUUGCUGGAGGUGCUGCAGGAGUUCCCAUCCGUGGGGCUGCCCGCCUCGCUGCUGCUCUCCCAGCUGCCGUUGCUGCAGCCCCGCUAUUACUCCGUCAGCUCCGCGCCCGACCCCAGCAAUGCACGCAUCGACCUCACCGUGGCCGUGGUCACCUACCAGAGCGAGAACGGGCAGGGCCCGCUGCACUAUGGCGUCUGCUCCACCUGGCUGGCUCGGCUGCAGCCUGGGGACACAGUGGCUGCCUUCAUCCGGGGGUGAGGAUCACCCCUCCGCACCCCAUGGCUGCGCCCCACAGCGUCCCUCAGCGCCCCACAACUGCACUUCCCAGCCCGCCUCCCUGCCUCAACCCCAGAACUGCACAUCCCGGCAUCCCUCUGUGCCCCACGACUACAUUUCCCAGCAUGCCUCGCUGCCCCCAAAAUUGCAUUUCCCAGCAUGCCGAGGUGCUUUAGCCUCAAAACAACAUUUCCCAGCGUGCAAAAGCUUAUUUCCACGCACGCCCCGUUGUCCCAGCCCCAACGCCCUUUGUGUCCCAGCACAUCUCUGUCCCUGCCGGGUACCGGCGCCCACCCAGUCCCCAAGCCAUCCCUCCAUGUGCCCCCACGAACCCUGACCCUGACCCCUGUCCUGA